AUGCUGCUUGGAAUCGUCGAGUUCAUCAUAUUAGCAUGUGGUUUACUCACAGCUUUCUUCCCCGACGAACUAGAUGAUUCCCUCGACUCCUUAAAACCGACGGGAAGGUUUCCCCCGGAGUUGGGACGAUGGCCAACAGACUUCUCGGCUGGCAUCCAACCCGUUGCUUGCCAUUCUCACAAUGACUACUGGCGCAAAGAACCACUCUUCUCCGCUCUCAAUGCUGGCUGCACUGGAGUCGAAGCGGACGUCUGGCUCUUUGAUAAAGAUCUGUUCGUGGGUCAUUCCACACAGUCACUGUCCUCAGCCAGGACCCUCCGCUCUCUUUACAUUGAUCCACUACUCAAGAUUCUGAGUUCGCAAAAUCCCCUCUCACAAUUUCACCCCACAAGUGACCUUCCACCCAACGGCGUCUUCGACACAAAGCCAUCUCAAACACUGAUUCUACUCAUUGAUUUCAAGACUGACGGUGAGACACUUUGGCCAUAUGUCUCCGAACAACUGCAACAAUUUAGAGAAAAGAAGUACCUUACCUACUUCAAUGGAAGCAGCGUCGUCCAGGGGCCCAUCACGGUUGUUGUGACGGGAAAUGCCCCCUUCAGCAAAGUGGUAGCAAACCCACACUACCGCGACAUGUUUUUCGACGCGCCACUCGAUCUGAUGGGCAAGCUUGUCGAUCCUCCCGUUCCGUUUGGUGCUUCUCUUCCGAAUGGUGAACCAACGGAUGCCGUGCGAGCCACAAGCCCGAGCGAACGAUCUGAUCAUAGUCAAGAUCAAGGUCAAGGCCAUUCCGGUUCUGCACCCAAAAAUCCUGCCAUUUAUUCUCCUGCAAAUUCUUAUUACGCCUCUGUAGAUUUCAGAGGCUCGAUUGGCUUCCCUUGGAGGGGCCAUCUCUCAUCUGAACAAAAGGAAACAAUUCGCAAACAAAUUGCCGGUGCCCAUGCCCGUGGCUUAAAAGUCAGAUACUGGGGUGUACCGAGCUGGCCAAGAGGAUUAAGAAACUACCUAUGGCGAGUCCUUGUCCGUGAAGGGGUGGACUAUCUAAGCGUGGAUGAUCUACACUCUGCCACAAAAGGUGACUGGGGCUGGGGAAGGAAAGGCCCUUGGUGGAGUGGUCCCUGGAGAUUCUGGCCCUCCGAUGCCAAAUAA